UCUUUCUGCUUUUGUCCCUUCAAUGUCUCACUUUGCUUGAAUUCAUCGCUUCCUUUUGUUUUCUUUUUUGGGUCAGCUCCCAUGGCUUCUCUUUCUUAUCAUCACUCCUCGGUGUGCAGUAAAGUGUCGGUGGAAUCAUAGCAUCCAAUAACUUAUAUCAUGGAUUCCAAGACUUGGCGCUGGAGGAAAAAAUCCCCAGAUAAUAAAUCUUUUGACAAAGUCAACAAUUCGCUUAGUCGAAUCGAUGAAGAGGUGGAAACCCUUUCUUCAAAUGGAGAAUUUAGAUCGCGGAGAGCUGUGAAAAAUUUAAGCGAGAAGUUGGCUUCAGUCCUCGUUGAUUGUCCUGCUAAAGAUGACGACUCUAUGGCAAGUCAAGCAAAGAAAGGACAAGAAGCCAUUGCAGGCCAGGAAAAGGCAGAACUAGAAGCAAUAUUGAUGGUAAAAGAAUUAGAUGAAAUGAAACGAGUGGUGGGAAACGAGAAGAUGAUUCAUUCAGAUGCUGCAUUGAAGGAGUGCAUACAGCAAUUAGAAUUUGUUCGGAAAGAGCAGGAGCUAAGGACACGUGGUGCUGUUAUGAAGGCAUCCAGUGAACUCGAUAAUGAAAAGAAAGCAUUGGAGGAAAAAUUAAGUGAGGCAAAUAGAAGGCUUGACAAGUUAGCUGUUGAGAAUACUCAUCUGACUAAGGCUCUCUUAGUUAAAGAUAAGUUGGUUGAAGAUUUACAACAGAGGAAGUCUCAGGCUGAAGCAGAAUUCAGUGCACUUUUGGUAAGAUCAGAUUCAACAGAAAAGGAAAAUGCAUUUCUAAAAUAUGAGUUUCACGUUCUUGAGAAGGAGCUCGAGAUAAGAAAUGAAGAGAUGGAAUACAAUCGCCGAUCUGCUGACCUAGCACAUAAACAGUAUCUGGAAGGUGUGAAGAAAAUCUCAAAGUUAGAAGCAGAAUGUCAGAAAUUACGCCUGAUGAUGCGGAAGAGGCUGCCUGGUCCUGCAGCUAUGCUGAAGAUGAGGAGUGAAGUUGAGAUAUUAGGAAGGGACAGGAUGGAGAUGAGGAAGAAAAAGAUGAAUCCCGGAAGAGAAUUGAUUGUGAGAGACCCAAUGGUGGAAAGCUCUCACGAGUUUCCGAGGAACAAGGUCAAUCUCCUCAUAGAGCAGUUACAUGAUGUGCAAGAAGAAAACAAGAAUCUUAAAGAGAUAAUAAUAAGAAUGAAUCCUGAACUUUAUUCUUCAAAAGUACCAUGCUCACAGCCAGCUUCAAGAGUAUUGCAGGUUGACGCUCUUCUUAAAGAGCUUUCAGUUUCAAAAGGUCAGAAAUCUAUGGAGCUGGCAAUGCGUAGUUCUAGUUCAAACGAGGUUUCUCUGAUAUCUGGCUUUGACAUCAGUAGUGAUGAUGGAGGUAGCUCUUCUGGGUCAUGGGCCAGUGCAUUAAUUUCAGAACUGGAGCAUUUCAGAGAUGAGAGACUCAGGAAUUCAAAGGAUUGCCGUGUCAGUGGAAUUUCCGAGAUGAGUUUGAUGGAUGAUUUUGUCGAGAUGGAAAAGUUGGCCAUCAUCUCUGUUGAAACACCUUCAAACCAGACAUAUCACCCCACUUCAACUAGUACUGAACUGGUACCAGUAACGCAAGGUGAUUCUAAUUUCAACGAUGUGAAACAGAUGAACUCAAAAGAAGUAGCAGCUGGAGAAUCUUUUGACUGGCUUCAGGUUGUUCUCCAAGCACUAUUAGAGCAAGCACGAAUUUCAAAACAAAGUCUUGAGGAACUACUGGAGGACAUUAGGAUUGCUUUGUCUGGCACUAGUCUUCCCAAUACCGAGAAAACUGAUAAAAUGGCAAUAUCAGGACAAUCUAAAGAAUUUGAUCCUCUCCAUAUCAGUGGUUAUAUCACCUGGAAAUCUCCAAAUACAUCUCCAGUCAUAGAUCCAUCGAGUGGAACACUAAAUAUUGACACUCAGUGCAACCUGCAUCAGUCAAUCAGUAAAAUCAUCAAGCUGGUUGCAGGAAUCAAUAUAAAAUCUUUAGACAGUAAUCAUGCUUGUGAUAAUUGGUCUGACAGAGAUCAAAGUUCCUCACCAUUAGCAUCCUCUGCAGAUUACUUUGUCUGUAUUUUCCAAUCUGAUCUUGAGAAAUUUGCUAACGAGCUCUCAUCUGUUCUGGACUGGAUCUUGAACAACUAUACCACUCCUAAAGAUGCUUUUAGUUCUAGGGAUAAGAGCAAGAAACAUUUUGGUCAGAACAACCCACCAAAUGAUGAUAAAGUUAAGGCUGGAGAGGAUUUAUAUGAUGUAUCGGAGGCAGAUAAUACAUGUACUGAGCGAGGAGCAUGUUUGAAACAGGAUCAAAUUGAAAAUCAAAAGUUCAUCAAUGAAGAGCUUGACACCCAGCUUUCAGUUGCCAAAGUUAAACUCAACGAGGUAUUCCAGAGGUUCUCAUCAUUGGAAGUUGAGUUGGAGUACAAAAAUCAUUGUUGUGAAGAACUAGAAGCAACAUGUCUUGAGCUUCAACUCCAGCUAGAAAGUGUUGCGAAGAAGGAACCGGCAAAAUAUAGCAUAAAUCAAGAUGGAAUGCAAUCUGAAAAUGGUUGGGAGAUAACAGCAGCUUCUGUGAAGUUGGCAGAAUGCCAGGAAACUAUAAUGAACCUGGGGAAACAGUUAAAGGCACUGGCCACACCACGAGACGCAGUACUCUUAGAUAAAGUUUUCUCUGCGACAUGUUCUGCAACCGCUGCAAGUAAUUAUAACAAGAAGUUGCACAAACGCACUUCAUUGCGCGAUCAAAUGCUAGCCGAAGAUGGUUUUAAAGCAGAUGUUUCUAGAUCCUCAAACACUAGAGGAGCUUCAUGCAUUGAGGACUCACAGGCUCAAGCAGUUCUUCCUUCCAAUGCUUGUAAUGCCUUGGUGGUAUACACUACAGAAGCAUCUUCUGCUUCAAAGACUGAAACCAGGAGCUCUACUGUUGUUGCUUCUCUGCCCGUUGUGCCAAGCCCAAGUAAGAAGCAAGGAGUUGGGUUUCUCAGGAGGCUGUUAGUUGGACGGAAGAAAGGUAGCGGCAAGAAACCUCGAUCCUCGAUCAGUGGCUAAGGUGUGAGUAAAUAAAGCCUAACAAGCUAAGACAAGGCCUCAUGAGAAUAUUUCUUUUGCUAUCAUGGCAGUAAAAGGAUGUAGUCGAGUAAGUGAGGAAUUCACUGGUCAGUUCAUUUGGUUUUCUUAUUAUUUUGGUGUUUGAUUUUUACAUUGAGGAUUCGGGAUGGUGAGAGUUUGCACUGUUUCUUUUCAACCUCAUGAAUGACAGAGAGAAGUAGUAGUAGUAGUAGAAGAAGAAGAAGAAGAAGAAGAAGAAUAAGAAGAAUAGAAAAAGAAGAAAGAUGUAGUUCAGUAAGUGAGGAAUUCACUGGUCAGUUAAUUUGGUUUUCUUGUUACUUUGGUGUUUGAUUUUUACAUUGAGGAUUUGAGAUGGUGAGAGUUUGUUCUCUUUUUUCUUUUUUUUACCUCAUGAGUGAUAGAGAGAGAGAGAGAGAGAGAGAGAGAGAGAUGGUAUAUAGUGUCUAUUGGUAAUGUAUAUAUGUGGGAUGUUAAAGCA